CGAUUAAAUACCAUCUACAUAAACUUUGUUUUAGGUCCAGCAAAUAGUUCAUAUACACGUCGUCAUAACAGAAAAACAAUGUCGCAGUCUUGAUGUAGUAUUUUCCGACAGGAUUCAUUGGAUUAUAUUGAAAAGAAUGGCUAGGAUUUGCCAGUUAUGGAGGGCAUUGAUCUUUAUUUCCUGCGGAUUAUUCAUUUCAUUCGAUGUCUGGUAUCAUUAUUCUGCGCAUCAAUCUUUGUCGGAAAUUACAAUGAAAUUGUUUCCGAGGACACUAAAUGAAAAAGCAAAAGUUGCAUCAAUAAAGAGACAAGUAUAUAAAGAUAAUGUUGAUACAAAAGUGCUCUAUUCUACUACCAGACUACCUACGAAAGCUUCACUACCCAAAACUGCAUUUCAUCCUCAAGAUACAUUGCCUGGAUUAAUAAGUAUGGAUAAUGCAUUAAUGCUGCCUGCAUUACCACCACAACAAAGCAAAAACAAUAAAGAUAAUCAUAUUUUUUUCUAUUCGCAAAAACGAGAUCACAAUUUCAUUAUUUCACACAACGAUACUUGUAUAGGAAAUACCAAGAAUUCCGAAUCUAAAAAAGAUAUAUUUCUACUAAUGGCCAUAAAAUCAAUGUGCAAAUCCAGAGAUCGAAGAAAGGCUAUCCGAAGGACUUGGGGGAAUGAGACCUAUAGUAGUGAAGUAUUAGGAGUAAAAGUAAAAUUGAUCUUCUUGCUCGGAGCUUGUGAAAAUGUGAAAUCACAAAAAGAACUUUUUGGAGAAGAUCAACAACAUUUUGAUAUUCUUCAAUGGGAUUUCAUUGAUACAUUUCGGAAUUUAACGUUGAAGGACUGUCUUUAUCUUCAAUGGUUUGCUAAAAACUGUAGACACGUGCCUUACAUCUUCAAAGGUGAUGAUGAUAUUUUUGUGAACAUUGGAAAUAUUUUAAAAUUUUUGAAAGACUUGCCUGUUGAAAAAUCGGACACUAUUUUCAUUGGGUCAAAACUAGAAGGAAGUCCUCGUAUCGUUGAACCCAAAUCAAAAUAUUUUGUAAGUUCAAAUUUAUUUUCCAAAAACUAUUAUCCAGCUUAUUUAUCAGGCGGUGGAUUUCUACUCAGCGGCAAAUUGGCAGUUAAAUUUUUUCUUCAAACAUUGAAAACUCGUAUCAUACCUAUAGAUGAUGCUUUUUUAGGAAUCUUAGCGGAAUCAUUAGGUAUUGAACCGAAGAAUGAUAGAGGAUUCAAAAGUUGGGGUAUGAGAAAAGUCGAUCCUUGUCGUCUUUCAAAGAUUAAAACAUAUCACAGAGCAUCGCCUAAGUAUUUAGUCAAAUUAUGGGAUGAUUUAUUAACUGUCAACAUGGAAAAAUGUGGCGAGGAGACAAAUGAUGUUUUUACACGUCAAAAUUGAUUAAUCCAGAAAAUGUCUUUAGUGAAACAGUGUCCUUUUUCAUUCAAAUUUUGUUGAAAUACUGAUAAGCACCCGCUCUGCAAUUAACACAAUCAACAGCUACUUUACAGCAUCUUCCAGUACUGUCCUCGCAUGGAUACUUUUAUUCAAAUUAGGUUCACGUUUUUAUCGAGGUUCACUCAGAGAAGGACCUAGCAAUUUGGUUUAAAAUUAAUAGACUUAUUCAAAUGAAAAAGACAAAAGCCCUAGGAUCUACAUUGAGUUGAAAUAACUCGUGUGCCGCUUUCAACCCACUAAUUAUUUGUACUGCAUAUUUUUAUAUAUGAAACUAAGAAGUGCUAUUAUCAGUAUUUCUAAAAAAUUAUUGAAUUGAAAACUCAUUAUCGUACUAUUUGGAAAAAAAUCACGUGCUUGUUGUACAAAAAUAUUAAAAAUGAACUCCAUAUUCGAACUCGGCUUAAAAUAUGAAUCCAUAUAUAUUUAUAUUAUACCGAUGUCUGCAGAACUAUAUCAUGUCAUACCAUAUUUUCUAGUUUGUAAUUGAUAUAAGUGACGAAAUGCAUUUUUGGGACGUGAUACUCUAACAUGUCCUUUGACACAUAAUUUUAUAUAACAAAAGUCUCAAAAUUUUCUUCUGAUAUUUCCAUCCAUUUUUGAAUGCAAAGCGAAAUGCAAAAUAUAAAAGUGCAAUAAAAA